AUGGCAGACACAGCUCCAGCUCCAGCGGCCACGCCCGCGACAACCGGAGCUCAAGCAACUACAGCCGGCGCAGCAGCCAGCGCACCGAAUGCGCCCGCCGACGCAAACGCAACCAGUCGCGGACUCCCCUACUACGAGAAACUGCGCCGAGAAUUGCGGGACACAUUGCAGAAGAAGCGGUUGAUGGACAAGAGCAUGGUGAGUGGUGACGACUCCGUCGCGCGUCUCCAGGUUGGGAUGGGGUUCGUUCUGCGCGAACAACAUCACCUCGUGCACGAGCUUCUUCCCCUCGCUGCGAAUCCUUCACUGUUGACAGGAUAUCACAAGUUGUCUUUCAUUGGAAUAUACUCUGCUAACACACCCUCUUCCCAGGCCCAACUCGAAGACCAAAUCUACCGCUUUGAACAAUCCUACCUGGAAGAAACAACUGCCGGAAACAUCAUCAGAGGCUUCGACAAUUACAUCAAGGGCUCAGCGAGCGGAUCAAGUCUCGGCGCGUCGGGUCUCGGUCUCGGUGGUGGCGUAGCCGGCUCACGGCGUAAAGCCCAAGUCACAGACUCGGAUCGAGUUUUCUCGCGCAGUUCAGCGAGUUACAUGAUGGACUCGCCCGGCCCGUCAUCCGCUCAAACAACACCCUCUCAUGCUGCAACACCGACAUCUACGACUGGGUCAUUCGGUCGGAAUAACGAGGCACUUGCAAUGUCUGCCUCUGCCGGUGGCAUGAAGGUCUCCAAUGGUGCGUCGAAGAAUAAGAAGAAGGUGACGGGUGGAUCGAAGAAUACCAAGGGCAAGGCUCAGGAUGAGUACUCUGAUGAGGAUAAACCUUCUGUGAAAAGGUUAAAGAUCAGCUAUGGACGGGACUGA